GCGGGACGGAUGAAAGUACGGGUCGCGAGAGGUUGUUCGCGCCUUGAGAGUUAAGCGAAGUGUGGUGGCUUCCAAGGUACCGACACUUGCCGUAGGCUGGGCUUUUAUUUAAGUCGUCUUUUCUCUAAUCCAGACUCCUGCCACAGGGGCCACCGCCGUCCUGGCCCCGCCAGGGGUCCGCACCCACGGCGGAGCGGGAGGCGACUUUUUGCGGUCACAGUAAUGGGACCUCAGCGCCGCCACCAGCUCUGACCGGCGAGCGACGGGACCCUCCAACCCGAUUUCCACGUCUGUGCAACGGGUUCAUUCUAGACCCACGGUAGAGGGUGUGAGGACCAAAUGAGAAGUAUCCACACAGAAUACUUAGCAGAGAGCCUGGUGUCUAGGAAUUAGUCGUCGUCUGUCACCUAGGACUGUGUGGCCGCCAUGGGACGGGCUCCAUCUUUGUGUUUUUCCGUGUCUCGCACACGCCUCCCUUCCUGGGCGUCACAUUCCUGCAGAUUAGAGACUGGGACGUCUUGCCUCAAGCUGUCUACUAAUUCGCAUUUAGAAUACAAACAUAAAGGCCUUCGACCUUUGCAAAUAGACUAAAGUGAAAACAAAUCUGAAUGAAGAUGAAGUUAUUUCAGACCAUUUGCAGGCAGCUCAGGAGUUCAAAGUUUUCUGUGGAAUCAGCUGCCCUUGUGGCUUUCUCUACUUCCUCUUACUCAUGUGGCCGGAAGAAAAAAGUGAACCCAUAUGAAGAAGUGGACCAAGAAAAAUACUCUAAUUUAGUUCAGUCUGUCUUGUCAUCCAGAGGCGUCGCCCAGACCCCGGGAUCGGUGGAGGAAGAUGCUUUGCUCUGUGGACCCGUGAGCAAGCAUAAGCUGCCAAACCAAGGUGAGGACAGACGAGUGCCACAAAACUGGUUUCCUAUCUUCAAUCCAGAGAGAAGUGAUAAACCAAAUGCAAGUGAUCCUUCAGUUCCUUUGAAAAUCCCCUUGCAAAGGAAUGUGAUACCAAGUGUGACCCGAGUCCUUCAGCAGACCAUGACAAAACAACAGGUUUUCUUGUUGGAGAGGUGGAAACAGCGGAUGAUUCUGGAACUGGGAGAAGAUGGCUUUAAAGAAUACACUUCAAACAUCUUUUUACAAGGGAAACGGUUCCAUGAAGCCUUGGAAAGCAUACUUUCACCCCAGGAAACCUUAAAAGAGAGAGAUGAAAAUCUCCUCAAGUCUGGUUACAUCGAAAGUGUCCAGCAUAUUCUGAAAGAUGUCAGUGGAGUGCGAGCUCUUGAAAGUGCUGUUCAACAUGAAACCUUAAACUAUAUAGGUCUGCUGGACUGUGUGGCUGAGUAUCAGGGCAAGCUGUGUGUGAUUGAUUGGAAGACAUCAGAGAAACCAAAGCCUUUUAUUCAAAGUACAUUUGACAACCCACUGCAAGUUGUGGCAUACAUGGGUGCCAUGAACCAUGACACCAACUACAGCUUUCAGGUUCAAUGUGGCUUAAUUGUGGUGGCCUACAAAGAUGGAUCACCUGCCCACCCACAUUUCAUGGAUGCAGAGCUCUGUUCCCAGUACUGGGCCAAGUGGCUUCUUCGACUAGAGGAAUAUACGGAAAAGAAAAAGAACCAGAAUAUUCAGAAACCAGAAUAUUCAGAAUAGGGAGCAAGUUGCUAUUUGGGAACAUUCAGCACCUUCUCACAGUUUGGGAACAUAUAUUGCUGUUUACUCCAGUGUAAAAAUGAGGUGCCACUGGAUCUGAGUGCUACACGAACACAAGUAGAAGUAUUAAUUUGUUGAAAUGUGUUGUUACCAAAAAGACUGAAAAGCCCCAAAGUCUAGAUAUAAAGACCUAGACUUCGGCACGCGAAAUCCCAGCUAUGCUACCUCUUAUUUACCUGAAAGGAGGACACGCAGGAUGGGCAGUCAUGCUGGUGACUCUUGUACUCCCUUGAGGGACGUUUUUUUUUGCGGGUGGGUGGGGCGUGGUCCCAGGCAGGAUGCCCAGUCUUUGAGCUGAGAUUGGAAGGCAGUGAGGCUGAGGGUGCCAAGAUUUCCCCAGGGUUCACCCAGAGGGGAAGGGGCUACAUGCCCCCAGCUGUGUGCAGGGAGGACACAUCAGCCCACUACCGCUGCCAACACCAAUGCCUAAAACUUGUUUCAUACAUUGGGGUUUUCUAUAUAUUUCAGUUGGGAAAAGCUUACAUUUAACCUUUUGAAAAAAUAAAUACGUGAUUAGCCUCAACUAAACAUUGCUGACUAUAAAGACAGUAUAUUCACCAUGUCGCUGGCAAUAUGCCAUUGCGUAACACCAAAUAACCCCCCAGAAGUAGCCAGAGUCCAGUUUGAACGUCACAAUUCUAAGUGUUUUAGUAACUAUUUCUGGUGUGAGUCAACAGAUCAUGUAGAUAGAGUCAAUUAUUGUUUGUGGAGUUUUUCAGCUAUAGGGGAGGGGAACUAUUAAAAUCCAUUUGUUUCUAUUCAAUAGGUAAUAAAAAUUAGUUGUCCCUGGGUUUGGGAAACUUAAAUGCCCAUUACAGCCCUGGGGAAGGGUUUUCUGUCUUAUGGAGUGAGUCUGUUAGCAUUUAAGUUAUACAGUUGCUGCCUUAAAAUAGUAGCCUGCUACAAUGACUUCUUUGGGUAGCCAUUUUCAUAAGAAAUAAAAUACAAGAUAUGAGUAAUGAA